CUAUAUCUGAAUUCUUUAUGUGAUAGAGAGAAGUGGAAAUAAUAUGCGAUGAAAAGGAAACUUGGAGAGAUGGAAUUUGCAUCGGCGGAGGCUGCAGCCUCGCAGAUGGCCAGCUCUUCCACUCGACGAGAAUCUCAGCUCGAACACAGUUCAACAUCACACCACUCUCUCAGCCCUUCACCUGCCGACGACGCAGAAGCAGAAAAUCGAAUUGCAUGCGCCCACUGUCCCUCGACAUUCUCAGACGUUCAAGAAUGGUUCGAGCACUGCAAAGUGCAUCCGUGGUCUGUGCAAUUUAUGGAUCUUCCAUCAAAUGAGUCCCCGUCAGCAGCUCCUUCGGCAUCUCCGAACACCACUGUCACAGCGACACAGCAGCCAACCAAAGUCAGCAAACCAUCUCGCCGCAUUCAGAAACGCCAGAAAUGGGAGUCAAUCAAGGAAGAAGUCCAUCAUUUGUAUUUCGUCAAGGGAAUGACACUCCAAGCGACGAUGACAGAGAUAGAAAGCAAAUACUCGUUCAAGGCCAGGUAAGCCCAAGCUCAUGCUUGAAGUCGAAGCUGACUCCACCCCAGUCUCCGAAGAUGGAAAAUGCAAAUGAAAGCGUGGUCAUUCGAGAAGAAUCUCAGCAAACAAGACAUGUGCAUCUUAGUUGCCAAAUCCAACAAGCGGGCACGAGAAGAAGGUAAAGAAACGACCUUCUACUGCAGAGGGCAACAAAUCAGCCCAGAGAAGAUGGUUGCUUUUAAGAAACGUAAGUUGGGGCAUGAGAUGGUGGUUUCGCCAAGUGCAGAGACGCCCAUGGCGAUCACGUAUGAGACUCCGAGACACGAGACUGGUCUGGAGGAGGAUAAGAGUGGAGAUGGGGGUAAUUUGGCAACAG